AUGCAUAGUGGCCCCCUUUAAUGGGAACCGUGAUGCGCACUACCUAAUCUAGUGCUAUCUGUCUACCAUGGCUGCCAUGUCAAUUCACUACACAAUUGUGGCUUUAUCACACACCACACCGUUGUCUCCGGCGCAUUUCCAGCCCUCGGUCCUAAUCCUGUAGGUAAAUAAUUAGUCACCACUUAGAAAGCCCAAUCUGAUGAUUUCAACAUUGCCCCGCUGUCGAUUCCUCCUACUACUACCGUGACACAAGUACAUAUUCAAUGGACGAAGUUGGAGGGAAAAAAAAACUACCAGCACCCCUCUCUCGUGCUUACCAGAGUCUCCAAGCCAGCUAGCCUCCUCCGCUCUGUUUUUUGGAGAAAUGAGCCCUUUUUGGUAGGAGAGUAAAUAUAUCCUCGCCGUGCUUCACUUGAAUAUCCCAUCAUCUCCACUAGUAAGAAGCCAGCCAGCCCCCCCAUCAUGACGACGACCACCACCAAGCCAUUCGACAUCGCCAUCGUCGGCGGCGGCAUCAGCGGGCUCACGCUGGCCAUCGGCCUCCUGCAGCAGAACGUCCCCGUGACGGUCUACGAGGCCGCGUCCAAGUUCGGCGAGAUCGGCGCCGGCGUCGGCUUCGGCCCGAACGCCGUCCGCGCCCUCGCCCUCAUCAGCCCCGAGCUCCCCCAGAAACUCGACCGCCUCAUCACCUACGGCUGGGAGUCCCAGCGCAUGAACUGGUUCCGCGCGCGGGUCGGCGACGCGCGGAAGGCUGGGCCUGACGGGGUGUUGAGGCAGGAGUGGAAGGGGCAGAAGAAUGAAGGGAAGAAAGUGGGAGACCCCCUUUUCGACGUCGGCUACACCGACGCCGAUGGCGUGAAAGGCGGCGUGCACCGGGCGCACCUGCUCGACGAGCUGCUCAAGCUACUCCCCGCCUCUGUGUCACAUCUUGGAAAGAGGCUGGUCAGCAUCGACCCUGCGGACGACGAAUCCGAAUCAUCAUCAGGGGGAGACGUGGUGCUGCACUUCGCGGACGGGACAUCGGUGCGGCACAGCGCGGUCGUCGGCUGCGACGGGAUCAAGUCCCGGACCAGGGAUAUCCUGCUGAAAGGCGAGGCGAAGGCCGUGUUCUCCGGGAAAUACGCGUACAGGGGCUUGAUACCGAUGGACAAGGCGACGGAGAUGCUGGGCGCGGAGAUCGCGCAGAACUGCCAGAUGUACAUGGGGCAUCACGGCCACCUGCUCACGUACCCGAUCGAGAAAGGGAGGACGAUGAACGUCGUCGCUUUCAGCUCCUGCGACACCUGGUCCAACCCCGACUGGGUGGUCAGCACGUCCAAGGAAAAGAUGCUCUCGGACUUCGCGCACUGGGGGCCCGACGUCGCCGCCAUCAUCUCCGCGAUGGAGAAGCGCGACAUCUGGGCGCUGUUCGACCACCCGCCCGCGCCGACCUACUUCGGCCUGGCCCCGCGCAUCUGCCUCCUCGGCGACGCCGCGCACGCGAGCACGCCGCACCAGGGCGCGGGCGCGGGGAUGUGCAUCGAGGACUGCUACGUGCUGAGUCGCUUGCUGGGGGAGGUGCAGGGUGCAGGGGACAUCGGGAAGGCGUUUAGGGCGUACGAUGCGGCGAGGCGGCCGAGGACGCAGAAGCUGGUAAGCACGAGUAGGGAGGCGGCGAUGCUGUAUGAGUUUGAGCUGGUGGGCGAUGAUCUGGAGGCGAUUGAGGAGAAUUUCACGACGCGCAUGAAGUGGAUCUGGGAUGUGGAUUUGCAGGAGGAGUUGGAGAGGGCGUUUACGAUUCUGAGGAGUUGAUUAGGUAGCUUGGUAUGGCAAGAGUUGGUAGUUUGAGAAAAUAUGGUUCUAUUAUCUAUUUAAUACUACC